AAAAGUGAAAAAAAGAGUUUUGGAUCAAAAAUUUUCUCCAGCGAUCGGGAUUCUCGGGUUAUCCUGUAUUUAUCGACAAUCCGUGUGUACUCCGGCGACUUCGGAACUAAAAUGUCCGUCGCACCGUAGAUUUAAUGGUUAUAGGCAGUGCAGAAGCUUGAGCGUUGUUUAGAUUAUCAAGUGACUACAAGCGUACAACGUAUUUAGCCCUCUACGAGAAAAGUAUUGCCGAUUCGCAAAACGAAAAAGAUCUACCUACCCCUUUGGGCCUUCAAGAAACGGAAAACCCUCCCAGAGGGGACAAAGUAGUUUAGUGAAGGAAAUUUGGGCUUUUCAAGCAGUUUUCAAAUUUGGUUAUAGCAAAAGACAAUUUUGAGAUUGCACUUAUCAACAAUGGCUCGGAACCAGCCAUUUAAUCAGUUUCUAGGUGCCACUCUGGUCUUAGCCGGAUUGUGGAAUACUGCCAGCAGUUUCUAUCUGCCCGGAUUGGCACCGGUUAACUACUGUAAACAUUCGGAAAAAUCCUGCAAGUCUGAGGUCAUUCUCUACGUCAACCGUUUGAAUACGGAAGAGUCGGUCAUCCCUUACGAGUAUCACCACUUCGAUUUUUGCCCCAUCGAUGAAGCCAACUCGCCGGUGGAAAACCUCGGUCAGGUGGUGUUCGGUGAACGUAUUCGCCCGGGGCCGUACAAGAUCGACUUUCUGCGUCAGGUCAACUGCGAAAAGGCGUGCACAAAAUUCUACACCGGUGGUGAUCCGGACAGCGACAGACGCUUGAUGAUUUUGAAGAAGGGCAUGAGCUUGAACUAUCAACAUCACUGGAUCGUAGACAACAUGCCAGUAACCUGGUGCUAUCCGCUGGACAAUGAUCGACAGUACUGUAGCACCGGAUUCCCCAUGGGAUGUUUGCUGAGAAGACAUCCAGACGGCGAAGAGGGUUGCAUGUUAAAUCCCAGCUACAAUCGUGCAGGAUAUUACUAUCCGUUUAACCACGUGGACUUGACCAUUACCUAUCAUAGCGGCGCCACCGAAGAGUGGGGAGUAGCGUUCAAACAGAACGGCGGAAGGAUUAUUUCGGUUAAAGUAGUACCAUCGUCAAUCAACCACAAGAACCCCGAUCAACCGGAUUGCUCAAGCAAGGAACCAAUAGAAAUAGCAUCAAGUGCUCUUCCGAAUGGGCAGAAGUUGAACAUAACGUACACGUAUUCGGUCAAAUUCGUACAAAAUAACACCAUUAAAUGGUCUUCCCGAUGGGAUUACAUUUUGGAAUCGAUGCCCCAUACCAACAUUCAAUGGUUCAGUAUUUUGAACUCCCUGGUAAUUGUGCUAUUCCUUUCCGGUAUGGUAGCAAUGAUAAUGCUGCGUACUUUGCACAAAGAUAUUGCCCGUUACAACCAAAUGGAUUCCGGUGAAGAUGCUCAGGAAGAAUUCGGCUGGAAAUUGGUUCACGGAGAUGUUUUCCGACCUCCACGCAAGGGUAUGCUUCUGUCGGUUCUUCUGGGGUCGGGCGUGCAAGUAUUCUGCAUGACUCUGGUUACUUUGGCGUUCGCCUGUCUUGGAUUCCUUUCACCAGCCAACCGUGGAGCUCUGAUGACCUGUGCUAUGGUGCUAUUCGUUCUGCUCGGUACUCCAGCCGGAUAUGUUUCGGCAAGGAUCUACAAGAGCUUUGGAGGCAUCAAGUGGAAAAGUAAUGUUCUGUUAACAUCGAUGCUGAGUCCAGGUAUCGUAUUUGGACUCUUCUUCAUAAUGAACUUAAUCCUAUGGAGUAAAGGAAGCUCUGGUGCGGUACCAUUCUCGACUCUGAUUGCUUUGUUGGCACUGUGGUUCGGAGUUUCUGUUCCACUUACUUUCGUUGGAGCUUACUUUGGGUUUAGAAAGCGGUCUUUGGAGCACCCGGUGCGCACCAAUCAAAUUCCUCGUCAGAUCCCGGAACAAUCGAUUUACACCCAACCUGUUCCCGGCAUCAUCAUGGGCGGCGUACUACCGUUCGGUUGUAUUUUCAUUCAGCUGUUCUUUAUUCUGAACUCGCUUUGGUCCAGCCAAAUGUACUACAUGUUUGGAUUCCUCUUCCUGGUGUUCCUGAUCCUGGUCAUCACCUGCUCGGAAACAACGAUUCUUCUGUGCUAUUUCCAUCUUUGCGCAGAGGACUAUCACUGGUGGUGGCGAUCAUUCCUGACUUCAGGUUUCACAGCGGUUUAUCUGUUCAUUUACUGCUGUCACUAUUUCGCCACAAAACUGCAAAUCGAGGAUGCCGCUUCCACCUUCCUGUACUUUGGUUAUACACUGAUCAUGGUAUUUUUAUUCUUUUUGCUAACUGGCUCCAUUGGUUUCUUCGCCUGUUUCUGGUUUAUUCGCAAAAUUUAUAGCGUUGUCAAAGUGGACUAAGUAGUUUCUCUAUAUAUUUAUGAAAAAAAAAAAUUAUUCUUCUGUCCAUUUUUUCUGUGACGGAUUACUUCUUUUUCUCAAUUUUGAGAUAAUUUAAGAAAGUCUGUAAUCUAUUAUUUAACUCAUCUCCUAUCGAGGACAAAAGUGCGUGACAAAAACGAUAACACUUGAGAAGAUUAAUUUUAGGAUUGAUUAAAUGUCCAAUUGGUUAAAUACGAACAAAAGAAUACCUAAUUCCUUUGGCAAGCGCGGUUCGAUAAACGAGUGUAAUCAAUAAAUAGUGUUGAAAAUUCGCAGACAUUGCACAUACACGAGCAGAAAUAAUUCUUAAACCACAAAAAACGAAGGGGAAAAGAAAGGUGUGAUUACUUUUAGUAUCUAUAAAGAAACAAGAAACAAAACAUAAUGCCUUAUUUUAUGUUUUGUACCAUUUAGUCUGAGUCACGCUGUACUGGCUACAUAAUCUUAGAGAUAAAGUAACCUUGAUAUGCAUUCAACUAAACAACACAGUGUAGUUUAUUUUUUGUUUAGUAGAUAUGUAUUAUAUUUGAAAUUGGCUGAUUGGAAGCGGCGGUUUGAAACAACGAACACGCCAAAUCUAUUAACUACGAUUAAAAUUGGUCACCAGUUGUGAUAACACAAAUAACAAGCAACAACACGAAAUGUGCAGGGUUAUUUAAAGAAAUGAACUUGAAACUAACAAAACUAGCAAACGAUGAUCAUUUCUUUAUACUUUUUUCUCGUUUUCCAGAUCCUAUUCAGACAAAAUUAUCGAUAUGUAGUUUAUAUAGACCGAAAAAAUGUUAGAAAGAGCAUCUAGCUUUUUAAUUUUUUUUUCAAAAUCAUCAUAUUGUCAUACAAUGCUGUCAUAAAACAAUACAGAUUUUAGCUCGGGUGGUAUCGUAGGUGAAACCGUCUUUUGAUUUCGUUGUUGUAAGUGAUUGUGAACAAAAAAAUAAAUAAAAUCACAAGGUGACUAAACAACAACACGUUUGCUAAGUAUGAUAAUAACGAAAAGUGAAAAUCAAUAAAUUAUGGUAACUUA